GGUUGUUUGUUUAUUCAGGGCGGACCCUCUCUUUUCAACAGCGAUCAAGGAUCUUGUUUUUUACCUUUUCCACACACCAUCAGAACUCAAAAUGGAAACAUGAAGAUCUGAGUGUAAAUACGUUGCAGUGUUGUUAUUAUUCUGCACGUUGGCGGCUUCUGGGCAAGGAUGAGGGAACUUCAAGCUAUUGACAGCUUACUCUUGAAAGAGCUGAAGUCCUGUUGUGCAAAAGAGCACAACUUUCUUCCCAGAGAGACUGGCCUGAAGCUGAUGGAGUCAGCCUCCACAGAGAAUCACAGUGGAGUGUCUGCGAAAUGCAGAGACAGCAGAGUGGAGGAGCUGUGGGGCCUGACCAGUUUCUUUGGCUACAGCACACAAACCUUUGUUCAUGCUGUCAAUUUGCUUGACAGAUUCCUCACCGUUAUGAAGGUACAGCCCAAGCACUUGCCCUGUAUUGGAGUCUGCUGUCUUCACAUUGCAGCCAAAAUGGUUGAGGAAGAGAGCAAUGUCUCACCCACCCAUGAACUCAUUCGCAUCAGCCAAAGCAAGUUCACUGUGUCAGACCUCUGUCGCAUGGAGAAAAUCAUCUCAGAGAAGCUCAGUGUGGAGCCUGAAGUUGUCACAGCCUUAACCUUUCUGCACCUCUACUACUCAGCCUUCACGUCCCUGUCUGUCGGAAGGGAGGAGAUCCCAAGCAUUGGGAGUCUGGAAGCCCAGCUAAAAGCCUGCUUAUGCCGGCUUGUUUUCUCUAAAGCAAAACCAUCGGUGCUGGCACUGUCCCUCAUUGCUCAGAAAUUUGACGCCCUCCAAUCGAUCACCUUCUUGAAGAUUGUCCAGCAGUUCCAAAAACACCUUAAGAUUAAUGACAGCGAGCUUCUCCACUGGAAGGAACUUGUGGCCAAGUGCAUGACUGAAUAUUGCUCAAGUGAAUGUAAUAAACCAGACAACAAAAAGCUUGUUUGGAUCGUGUCCAGGAGGACGGCACAGAAUCUUCAGGCAAAUCACUUCAGUGUACCUGGUCUGCCGACUAUUCCUGAGGGGAGCUGGGACAAGAGUGAGAGUGAGGACUCCUGUGAGGACAUGAGCUGUGGGGAAGACAGCCCAUGGGGCUCACCAGGAAGUGACGGCGAAGGAGCCUUCUUCCCCUCCACCUUUCUCAACUGCAGAAAGUGAUGUGUUGUCAUUAUGCAGUAGUAACAAUGUGUAUUUGUCCCCUGAAUUGUAACUAAUUUGAGGUGGUCAUCAUGUUUCAAAGCAAACCUGUGUUUCACUUGUUAUACCGUGUGCACCGUACGAAUGCCAAAUGACAGGUUUCGAUCUUUAAGUGCCUGUGUUAAUUCAGUUUACUGUCUGUUUCUUUAAAAAAAACAAAAACAUAUCAUAAUAAUGUAAAAUUGCAAUAUCUUGGCAGCUCGAUGGUAAUAUAUCUGAAUGUCUUUUUCUAAAAUGUUCUCUUUGUGUUUGUUUGUGUCCGAACUCGGCACAUUCCAGGAAAAUGACUAAGCACAAGGGAGAAUUAAUGGAUGUGAGUCAUGAGGUACACUUAAUACCAGCUAACAUACCAGCACAUCUUCAGUCUUUUUUUGUUUGUUUGUUUUUAAAGUUUUUAAUACUCUGGCAUCAGUAUAUACGGUAUUCUGCAAAUGUAACACAAUUCUAAUGUGACAUAUAUGACAGUGUAGUGUGGAAAUACCUGUCUAUAUAUGCAUGGAUACUUUGAAGUAUGUGAUUAUGAAUGGAUGUUGUUCAUGUUUACCAAGAUAAGCUUACUGUAAAAAAAAAAAAAAAAGUAAAAAAAAAAUGUACAUAACCUGUAAAAAUAAGAAAAAGUUCGAUGUUUUGUGAAUGCUACAUAAUGUGUGUUUUAUUUGUUUUAUUUGGAUAUAAUGUGAAAUACAUCGGAAGGGUCAGAAAUAAUCCUUCCAAAUAAAAAAGUGCUUUUUUUUAAAAAAAA